AUGUCAGCAGAUAAAAAACAAAAUACAAAUAUAUGCGAAAAUGAAAAUAAAAAAACAAAUAUAGAUAUAUCAGAAAAUAUACAACUAGAUGGUAAUAAUAUCGAUCAUGUCAAAUGUGAUAAUAAUGAAAAUGAUAAUCAUUCGGAAAAUACCAAAAUAACAAAAACCAAUAAAGAAAAUAAUGUUAAAAAUGAAAUAAAUACAAAUAAACUAACUAAAACAGACGAAUCUAAUAAUAAAAAUUAUAUCCAUAAAAAAAAUAACCAAACUAAGGCGAAGGGGAUUAAUAAUAUUUGCCAAAAUAAAAAUAAAAAUAAAAAUAAAAAAACUGGUGAAGAUAUCAAUACCACCAUCGAAAUUGCAAAUGAUGACUCUCCUAAUAUUUCCAUGAAAAAUUCAAUGUGUGCAAAAAAAAAAAUUGUACUUUUAAAAAGAAACGAAAUUAAAUACAACAAAUAUUACCAAGGAGAUAUAAUAAAUAAUAACAAUAAUGAUAGCAAUAAUAAUGAUAAUGAUAAUGAUAAUAAUAAUAAUAAUAAUGAGUAUGAAAAUGGUACCAAUUUGAAUAGACGUAAUAACAAUAAAAAUAAUUCAAAUAAAUAUAAUUUAAAUGGUAAAAAUACAAAAGGAGAAAAAACACUAGAACAAAGAGAACAAGAAUAUAAUAAAAUUAGAGCUAGAAUUUUUUCGAAUUUUAACAAAAACACAAAAAAUAAUUUAACAUCUUCUACUCUUCCAAAUAUUAUGCCACACACAAUUAAAAAUGACAACAUAUAUAUGAUUCCACCUUGCAAUGUUCCAAUAAAUAAUUCACUAACAAAUUUACAUAUUGAUCCAUAUUUUUGUAUAAACAAUUAUUAUAAUACAUAUAAUAAUAUGCUUAACCCUCAAUAUAUAAAUAAUAAUAAUAAUAAUAAUAUUCCAGUCUUUAAUAUUAACCCUAUUGUUAAUUUACCACCUUCUCAAUUUUAUUCUAAUAAUGAUACAACUAUUAAUAUGUUCAAUAAUUCUAAAAAUAAAAAUAACAACGACAUUAUUAAUUGUAAUCCUAUAAAUAACGUUAAUUCAAUUUAUCCUAACUAUCCAUGCAAUAUACAAGGAUAUCCUCCUUUUUUGAAAUUUAAUAAUUCCCAAAUUCCUCAUAAAAAAAUCACAAAUACUAAUAAAUAUAAUCCAAAUUACAAACCUCCUAACCACAUUACUAACUUUAAUAAUAUGAACAGUCAGAAAAAUAACAAAAAAAAUAUAUUAACAAGCAAGGUAAAAAAUGAUAAUAAUAUGACUCCACUAACCAAAAGUGCUACAAAUAAAGAAAAAAUUAUGGACGUUAAUAAUAUUCAUGAUGUUACAAAAAAUAUUUGUAGAAAUAUAAAUGAAAACAUAAAUAAUCAAACCUCUCCCAAUAUCAUCAAUUAUAAUAAUCAAUCUAUAAAAGAAAAAAAUAUUAAUUAUGAACAGGGUCAUGUUCCUAUAAAUCUUCCCUUUAAUAAAUCAAAUAUAAAUAUUUAUAAUAAAAAUUCAAAUAAGCUAAAAUUGAGUAAUAGUAAAAAAUUUUAUACUAGCCAAAAUAACAAUCUGGAUAAAAAGCCAAAGGGACCAAAAAAAAAAACAUCAUCCAAUAUCAAUAUAACUGGAAAGAAUUUGCAAAAUAAUACAAUUUCUUAUGACACAUCAAAUAUUUCAAAACAGCCAAAUGAAAAUGAAACAACAAAUAAUAACAUUGAAUGUCUGGAUAUAAAAAAUGAAAUAAAUAUUUAUCAUGAAGAUGGACAAACCCAAUUAUUAUCAGCAUCAUCUCAAAAAAAAUCGAAAAAAAAAACAGAAAAAAAAACGGAAAAUAAAUCAGAAAAAAAAACGGAAAAAAAAACGGAAAAUAAAUCAGAAAAUAAGGCAGAAAAAUCAGAAAAAUCAGAAAAAUCAGAAAAAUCAGAAAAAAAAAAUGCCAACAUAAAUUUGGACCCUGAAGUAACCAAUUUUAAUGAUACAAAAAUACAAAAUAGCGAAAUAGAUGAACAAAAUAUUAACACAAAUACAACCCCAAAGAAAAAAAAAAAGAAAAAAAAAAAAAAACUAAAUAAAAACCCAAUAAAUGGACCAAUAAAUAGACCAAUAAAUGGACCAAUAAAUGGAUCAAUAAAUGGACCAAUAAAUGGACCAAUAAAUGGACCAAUAAAUGGACCAAUAAAUGAUAAUAAUAAUUCUACACUAAACCCUCAACCCUCUAUUAUGAUUCCUAACACAAUGCAAACAAAGUUUAAUACCCCUAAUAAAAUGUUUUACCCAUUAAUAGUUAGCAAUCCACAUAUGAAUGCACAUUCUAAUUAUAAUUUUAUAAAUAAUAUCUCAACAUUUCAAGAAUAUUAUCCUAAUAAUUUAAUAAAUAAUAUAGAAUAUUGUAGAGAUAUAUCAUUAUAUGAAAAGAGAUAUGAUCGAAACGAUAAUGUAAUGCUUAACCCUAAACGUUAUGACAUUGAUUUUCCUUCUCUUCAUUAA